AUUUAAUUUCAAAUUAAUCAGUGUAAUAUAUCCUUACUAACGCACAUACAUACAAAAUGUUGGUUUAUUUACUUUUUGUAUUUUUAAUUUCCAGCCAAUAUGCUGCAGGUCAAUUUGGAGAUUUCAAACAAGACUUUGGGUACGUGACAGUGCGCGAGGGGGCGCAUAUGUUUUACUGGCUGUUCUACACCACAGCUGAUGUCGAGAACUACACAGACAGGCCCCUGGUGGUCUGGCUGCAGGGAGGGCCCGGGGGGUCCUCCACGGGCAUCGGCAACUUCGAAAUUCUAGGACCCCUCGACUUAUCACUCCAAGAAAGAAAUUAUACUUGGGUAAAAAACUUCAACGUCUUGUUCAUUGAUAACCCUGUUGGAACUGGAUUCAGCUACGUCGAUAAUAACAGUUACCUGACCACCACUAAUGAUGAAAUUGCGUUGGACUUCGUGAAUCUGAUGAGAGGUUUCUAUGAAAAAAAUACUGAAUUCGAAGGCGUUCCUCUGUACAUUUACGGUCAAUCAUAUGGCGGGAAAAUGGCUGUCGACAUGGGAAUUCGAAUGCGCGAGGCAGAAGAAGCAGGCACAAUCAAAUCAAACCUUAGAGGCAUAGCGAUGGGCAACGCUUGGAUUCAUCCGGUAGACGCCACGCUCACGUGGGGUCCUCUGCUGCUCGCUGCGGGCCUGGUAGACCAGGAGGGUUACGAAGAAAUACAGGCGCACGCUCGCGUAGCAGAGCGGCUGUUCAACGAAGGUCUAUACUUUCAAUCGACAGCGCAGUGGGCCUCGACACAAGGGGCGGUCUUCAGGCGCACCACAAAUGUUGACUUUUAUAACAUCCUCACAAAGAUGCCCAGUCAGCCAGACACUAGGAGUGCUUACGAGAUAUCUAGGGAAAUGAUGAUCCAUGACAAUUCACACAUGGCAGACACCAAGCAAGAAGUGGUCAACCUUUACCAGCUAAUGAACAACGAAGUGAAGCAAGCGUUGAACAUCCCCGACCACGUCACUUGGGGUUCUUUAUCAAAUGCUGUAUUUGACACCCUCAGGACAGACUUUAUGAAACCGGUCACUGAUGGAAUUGAAAAACUCUUGAAUGAGACUGACAUUAUAGUGACGAAGUACAAUGGAAACCUAGAUCUCAUUUGUGAUACUCCAGGUCAAAUUCUAUGGGUUGACCGACUCAAGUGGGACGGGGCUGAAGGAUAUAAAAACGCUCCUCGCAACCCCAUCUGGGAAGACAAUAAACUUCAGGGCUACUACAAAUCAUACGGAAACUUUAGGUUCUUUUGGAUCAAUGUUGCAGGACAUAGUGUACCCAGGGACAACCCAGCUGGAAGUCGCGCCUUUUUACGGGACAUGACGUCUUUUGGAUAAUGAAAUGUAAAUGUUUAGAAUCAUAGUGAAAAAUAAAAAUGUACAUCAAUUAAA